GACGCCGUCUGUUCUGGGAAGCCGGUUAUUCACAAACACCACAGCUUCCCGGUUUUCCACAGCCGUCAAUUUUUGUUAAACGACAAAGCGGCUGAAAACGACGGACGCUGCUAGAGACAGCCGCGCUUCUCGCCCAAAAGGGAAAAAGUUCAAGCUGCCGUGUGAAUGCUCGCGUCCGAUGCUAGAACAGGAGGGAAGGGCCACGCUUCGCAGCGAACGCCAUUAUCUCUGGGGUUUAUAUAAAUUGGCUUGUUUCAUCUGUCAGCGCACGCGGCCCGGCCUUUAUGUGCAGUCAGGAAUGUUCAUGCGUGUGUGCUGCGCUGAUAAUGAGGGUGGGCUCCGCGUGCUACAUGCCUGUGGCCGAUAUGGAUUAGUCAACAUCAGGGAUGGAAACAGGGUGAGCCCACGACAUUGCCAUGGCGGACCCAGAAGUGUCAUCGCAGAGUGGGGGCUAUGAUGUGGAGCUGUUUGUGGACACCCCAGACUAUGACCUCAUUUGCACCAUCUGCCAGGGGGUCCUCAGGUGUCCAGUGAGGGCUGCAUGCCAUCACAUCUUCUGCAAGAAAUGCAUUUUACAAUGGCUGAAGAGGCAGGAGACAUGCCCCUGCUGCAGAAAGCCUGUAAACCAGAGCUUGAUCUUUGUCAUGUUCAAACUUAGCAAAUCUAUUGGACGCUUAAAGAUCAAGUGUAAGAAUGAAAUCCGGGGAUGCCCAGAGACCUUUCCUUUGUCGGAGCAGUACUGUCACAGCAUGGGCUGUCUGUACGAGCUCAUCCCCUGCCCUUACCAGGGCUGUCGGGCACAGCUUCUCCGCAGGGACCUGGACACCCAUGCCCGCCACUGUGAACACUGGCGCCAGCCCUGCCACAUGGGCUGUGGAACAGUGCUAUCUCACCAAACCCAAGCCCAGCACAACUGUUAUAAGCAACUGAGGCAGGAGUACGAGGCCAGACAGAGGAACCACAGGGCCAUCGCUGCUGCUCUACAAAGGAAAAUGAGGAGGAUGCAGAGUACCAUGGCACACAUGAAGAGGCAGAUAGGGCUGAUCUGUGAGAGCCUGGAGGUCAUGGAUGAUCUGGAGGAAGUGGAAGAGGAAGACCUGGGAGAGACCAGCGGCGGCUCCGCUGGGACACUAAGCAGCAGCAACAGCAGCUCCUGAAAGUGGAGCUAAGCCGCCUCUUCGGCCUGGCUACCGAUGUUUAUGAAUUGAACAUGUGUACAUUUUCUUUGAGGGUGCGUUUUUGAUGAUGUGGGUAGGUGAAUGACAUUUUGCACUCACGACUUUUUCUGUUUCUGCUCCCAUUUUUUAAAUAAAGUAUUUUACUUGACAUCAUCAUCGGUGCCCUUUUAACUUUCAUUCGAGGGAACCGCAGUAACACAACUGACGAGUGGAGAUUGACGCUCCUCGACAUCCUUUCUCAAAUUAUGAUGUAUGUGUGUCUCUGUGGUCAAGUAAAAUUUACAGAUGAUGAUACAAAUAAAAGAGCUCAU